GUUUCACACUGUCCUGCAGUUUUUUUUUUUUUUUCUAUGUCUCACUGAAGCGCAUAUGUAUUGCGCACUGAAGACUCAGUCACGCACAUGUGAGGGGGGAAAAAAAUGAAGCCUAUGUUCGUGUUCUUUUUCAUCCUGUGGUUUGCAUCCGCGGAGCUGAAACGUCGGAGAGGCUCCGGGGUGGUUUGUACUUUUAAAGACAAAACCUACAGACCAGGAGACAGCUGGCAUCCCUAUCUGGAGCCUUCCGGAUACAUGUUCUGCGUGCGUUGCGUCUGCACAGAGACAGGUCAUGUAAACUGCAACACCAUCAAGUGUCCUGCGCUGAAGUGUGAGAACCCCGUGACCGAGCCUCAGCGGUGUUGUCCCAAGUGCACAGAUGAACCCAGGAUCCCAGCAGGACUGAGGGCGCCUGUCAAAACCUGCAGGCAUAAUGGGACUGUCUAUCAGCCAGGGGAGACCUUCACCAACCAGGGCCUCUUUCCAUCCAGGCAGAGCAAUCAGUGCGUCAUGUGCACAUGCUCUAAUGGAAACAUCUUCUGUGCGCUGAAAACAUGCCAACCCAUUACCUGUUCUUCGCCCGCUUCCCGCCCGGACACCUGCUGUUUGGUGUGUAAAGACCAAGGCAGCAGUGGCUCCUCGUCCACUGAGGAUGGAAACCAUCAGCUGAACAGAGGCGUUAGGCAUUCAGUCGACCAGUGUUCCGGAGAGCAGAGAAGGGUUAGGUCGGACCGCGCCACCCUGCCCAGGAUCAAGGCUUCUCCCAGGGGCCUGAGCCUCAGCAGGCUCAACCUCAGAGGGGCCUCGGAGACCACAGUGAAGAUUCUGCUGCAGAGGAGACACCGACGAGUGUGUUUAUACAACGGCAAGACGUACUCACAUGGAGACAUGUGGCAUCCAGUUUUGGGGAAGGUCCUGGAAUGCAUCGUUUGCACUUGCGUCGACGGCCUCCAGGACUGCAAGCGCGUCGCGUGUCCAAGCCAGUACCCGUGCCAGCAUCCAAUCAAAUCAGCUGGAAAAUGCUGCAAGACUUGCCCAGAGAGCAAAGCUGAAACGAACCAGACUCAGUGCUAUCUUGGGUAUAAAAACAACCUCUUGGUCUACAAAGUAGAACCAGCUUUGAAAGUUGAUUCUCCUAACACGGUUAGGAUCAUUGCUGCCGAAAGACAAAGUACUGCUGAGAUUGAAGUGCAAGCCUGGAACACAGCAGAAGAUGUUUUACGAAUAAUGGAGAUUGGCGACGUUCAAAGGAAAGACAUCACGGAUCAUCCAGAAAAUUAUACUCUUCUUACCACGCUUGACGAAGAGACGUGGAAAAAAUUUAAAGAGGUGGGAGAAAACCUCACCAAAGCUUCUCAGACCACGAUUUGUGAAAACGGCAUUCGGGAGAUAGUGACGUUCCUGAAUCCCAAGCAAACGGAAGGCCUGUGUUCACCGUAACGACCCCCUCCUACUACCAGUGUUCACACUAACUGUGUAUCAAAUAAUGUACGUUAUUCAUGCACUUGUUUUUAUUUUAUUUUAAUGCAAGUGGAAGUUCUUACUCUUACUAUUUCUAUGCUAGUUUGUUUGGUGGUGUGUCUUCAAAGAACCACAGUGAUAAUGUUGACCUCCACCUUUGGUGGUCUGCUUGUAAUGAAACAUCAUUAAAUUAGAUUUUAUUAGGCUUAAAGCCGAACACAUGAUGACAAGGGGCAUAUUGCACUAGCUGGAUACCACCAGUUGGCCAUAACAUUAUGACCACUGACAGGUAAAAUGGAAAAGGCCUCUUUGGAAUCACAGCUGGCAGUGAGUUCAUUAAUAAUGUAGGAUAUUAGGAUUAGGAUAACAUUGCAAGUGUUGGAAGAGAAGAAAAACGUGUAACCAGGAGGAGUAGGGUCAUUUUAACAGCUGGGACAUCAUGAAGGCAUGAAAAUUGGGUCGUAACAUGUCCACAGUUGCAGCUCUGGUGGGAUGACUGACGCCAGAUGUUGGUGCCAGGGCCGUUUAGACAGAUAGCGCCACAAGUUGGGGGCUACAGAUUUACCGGCCUCAAAACUGCCCCCCCCCCCACUGGCCAGACUUUAAAUUCCACAAGUCUCCUUUUGGCAGGGGCGUUGUCUGGACCCGCAUCCAAACGAAGUCUCAUCUUCCGCCUGAUCGGGCAUUAUGUUCCACUUUCCAUCAACUGGUGCAUGGUUCGCAAUGUUCUCCUUUGCACAGAGAUCUCGGAGAUUGUUCCUGGAGUCACUUGAAGGCCUUCUUCCAGUUUAGAGUUAACAGCCAUUAGUGCUCCAGGGCCACACUGGCAGCACUCCAGCCAGGAACGUAACUUUUCAGCAAAACAAACUAUUUAAGUAAGGCAAAAUUUAUGCAAAAUUAACAUGGCACUAUGUGAAAUAGCUAUUGCCCCCACUGUUGAAUAAAUGAACUGUGAUUACUACAUUUUCUUACUUAAACUUCACUUGGCACAUCCAUUGGGGGUUUGGUUUGGUUUUAGCCAAUCACGGUUUCAAAUUAAAAUGUCGCAAGCAGCAGGCGAUUACGCCAGAUCCGGCAGGUAAAAAGGCACAAACGUCUUUGCCAUCCACAAAAAGCACUUCUUGCUGUUCUUCUUUCAAAGAUGAAAUAGUGGAUUCCCAAAAAGCAGAGGUGAUAGCAGCAGCUACGCGGGCUUUGGUUGGGCUUUGGGCUUGACAGCUCUUGCUUUCGUCACGGCUGUAUGUCCCGCCUUAAAUCCAUAAUACUGCAACGUGAUUGGCCAACUCGUUCUGGGUCGCUUCUCGAUCGGUUGAGGCGGCAGCAGGACAAGGGUGAUUCUCGGGGGUUUGCGAACACACAAAUACCGCGAAAAUUCAGCUUGCAGGCAAGGUUAUGUUUCAGUGGAGAAGAAUCUGACUUAUGUUAUGUGUCAAUUGAAGACUGUUACAUUUUAUGUGUUUAUGUGAGCAAGUAUUUUAUGUGUUUUCGGAUUGAAUUAAAAAAAAAAAGAGCACAAUGUGUUUCAGAUGUAAACCUUUUUUAAGGUUGUUAUGCAUCACAUGUAAAUAUGAGCUAGGAUACUGACACCUUAUUUAUAGUGUAAUGUUUCCUACAUGUUUUCACAUAAAGUAGCUUUUAAGUGUAUCUUUCAAAAAAUACACCACUUGUGUAAAGGGUUGACAGAGAACAAACUCUCUUUCUCUCUGAUGCUAAAAGUAGAAGUACUGUAACUAUUUUUAUGUAGCAAAAAGAUUUGGGUUAUUUUCAUACCUUGACAGCUUCACUUAUCUUCAGUAAUUAUGUUUUGCUUUGGACCUUUUUAUAUAUAUAUAUAUCUGAAUGCACUUUGUACUUCACUCAGCUGUGUUAAACAUUACAGUGUUUUUGGUGAUGUUUUACACCAUGAAAAAAAUAAAAUAAAAAGCAACUUUGUGUGUUUA